AUGUACGGUGAUGUAAUUAUAAAUUUUUGGGAGCUUUCAAAUUCUUUACUUGAUCCAAACCAACAGAAAUGUCUUCCUCCAGUAUCUCGCAAUGCUUUCAUCCAUUUCUCCAAUUGGAAGAAACUUACAAAUGUAACUGCAAAACGGCUUCCGGCUGUCGUAUUGGCGAAAAUAUUUGUUGUUAGUUUCAUAUCGGUGGACCUUCUUUAUGCUUGGUAUCGGAACAGAUUAAUAGAACGCCUAAAGAGAAUUUUUCAGCCUUAUGAAGAUCAAUCAUUUUAUCAAGUUAUCUGUGAAGAGCAUGGAACCUGGAGGACAACACGAACUAGAAUUCCGGCAAAAGAAGUUGGACAGGGAGUUAUAUGUGUUGAUAUUCCUGCAAAUAUCAUGAAAUUGGGCGAAGCGAUUGGAAAAGCUAUUAACUUCUCAUUUGAGAAGGAUAUCUCUUUCACAACACAGCUAUCUUGGGCGAUACUAGUAGAUGAUGUACCGACAAGUUCUUGGUCACGUGCAAAGAGCCCAGUAAUGGAGAUUGUUGGUGGUCGUAUCAUAGAGCUGAAGGCUGUGGCGGAUGAUUUUCUGGCUGGACAGUCCUUCGAAGUCAUUAAACAGCAAAUCGUAACUGAGGUCAAGAAGAAAUUUGAUUUUACAAACCUCCUUAGAGGCCGAUCACGUCAUGAAGUAGGUAAGCGUGUCAUUGGUGCUUUGUUGGUUUCCAAAGAAAUCGAUACUGAUGUAUUUAGAGAAUUUUUUAGUGAUGAAAAUCCAGUGAAGUUUUAG